UGCUCAAAUCAUGGCUUUCUUACAAAGACUUUCGCGACCAGCAGUCCCUAUGCCAAAGUUACUUGGUGCCAAACACGACAACUUCGGUGUAAUAAUCAAUACCUUCAGCGUUUUAAUGCCUUGAAUAUUCAGAUGCUUACAGAGUCUCUUCACAAACAGAUAUUUGGAAAACAAGACGUAACUUCAGAAAAGUCAUCAAGUAAUCCUGAAGUCACAAAUGAUGCAGAUCUUAAAAAAAUCCAAGCACACUUACAGAAGUUUGGACUUCUCAAGAGCAGUGCCGCUAGCACUGCAGACGUUGAUCUGGAGCUUCCAAAACUGAAUGGCUGCAACAUUGAUGAGCACUUCAGGUAUAUUGCCAAUAAGCAGAUCAAAGACUACAAACAAUUGGCAGACACCUUGGCACAGUCAAACCCACCCCCUAUGCCGGAUGUUUGGGUAAAGCAAAAGGGCUGGACAAAAUAUUAUUUGGAUGGCAGAACUGAAAGUGUGCCAUUUCCCAGUGAAGAUGCAAUUGUGUUUGAUAUUGAAUGCUUGGUUACCGAAGGAAAUUUCCCAACCAUUGCAGCUGCACUGUCAGCUUCACAUUGGUAUUCUUGGACUAGUGACUUUGUACUGCAAGACAGGCUCCACUGGACCAAAGAACCUCAGAUCUCUGACCUAAUUCCACUUGAGACCAAGCAAAAAUCUUUCUCAGCCCCAAGUGGUCAAUGGAAGAAGCGUCUAGUCAUUGGUCACAAUGUUGGCUUUGACCGCUCAUUCAUUAAAGAGCAAUACCUAAUUGAGGGGACAAAAACACGCUUCUUGGACACAAUGUCUUUGCACAUUGCCAUAUGUGGCCUGACAAGUUUCCAACGUAUAUUGUAUCAAUCCUCUAAGACUGACUCAUCACGCAAAGAGGUUCGGGAGCAUACAGAGCGGCAGAAAAUGUUUAACAUGGCAGCUUCUGAUGAAUGGAAGAAGGUUGGUGGGAUGAACAAUCUGAAUGCUGUGUACCAGCUUCACUGCAAUGGGAAACUACUUGACAAAGAGAAGCGUAACAUUUUUGUAGAGGGUACUAUGGAAGAUGUUCGUCAAGACUACCAGGCACUGAUGACUUAUUGUGCCAAGGAUGUCUUGGCAACACAUUCAGUUUUUGCAAAGCUCUGGCCAGAAUUUUUUGAAAGGUUUCCUCAUCCUGUAACCCUUGGGGGGAUGCUGGAAAUGGGAUCAGCAUACCUACCAGUCAACAGUAUAUGGUCACGCUAUUUAGAGCAUGCCAAUGCAACCUAUUUAGAACUGCAGAGAGAGCUGCGUAAACUGCUGAUUUCUCUCGCUGAUGAGGCUUGUCACCUACUAGAGGAUGAACAGUACAAAAAUGAUCCAUGGCUGUGGGAUCUUGACUGGUCAGUAUCACAAUUUAAAAUGAAUAAAAAAGCAUCUGGAUCCAAGUCAUUGCAGACCAUAAGAAAUACAACAACCAGAGAGGAGGACAUGGACUUUCUCACGUUUCUAGAAGAUGAUGAAGCCCGGAAGGAAAGGAUGGAAAUUUUAGAACAAGUGUAUUCAACAGCCAGCAGAGUUCCAAAGAAUCCCACAUUUAUGGCUGGCUAUCCUGCCUGGUAUCGUGAGCUGUGUCCUCGUCCAAACGAUGAAGACUGGUAUCCAGGGCCUUCAAACAUUAGCACUCAGUGCCGUGUUACACCAAAGCUUAUGCGCUUGACUUGGGAUGGAUACCCUGUUCACUUUGACCAGACCUUUGGCUGGGGUUAUCUUGUUCCGUCCUUCAAGGAGCCUUCAGAGAUAGAGAAAGAACUUGCAGAGCAGGAUCAAGGAGAAACCAACAGUGACUUCCCUGUUAGGGCUUAUCUAGAGUUUAUGAAAAAAAGCAAACCACUCUUAUUCAAAGAUAAGGAGAUGCCAGCUGACUUGAACCAUUUCCUGGGCCAAAAUUUUGACCAGCAGGCAAUGGAGCCUCAGGAGGUCAUUCUGCAUUGGGAUGCUGCCAGAGAUCACCCAAAAGGCAAGAAAUCUGAUGCCAGUUUAGGGGAUGGACCUUAUGACAUUGGUUUACCUGGCUGCUUAUUUUACAGGAUUCCACACAAGGAUGGUGACAAAAAGCGUGUGGGCAAUCCUCUGGCCAAAGAUUACCUACACAGGGUAGAGGACGGUACUCUGCAGGCAGAGACAGGUGAUCAUGCAAACCAUGCACUUCUCCUCAGCAAAAUCUGCUCAUACUGGAAAAACAAUCAGGAGAGGAUUGAAGGACAAAUGGCAGUUUGGCUUAAAAAAGGGGAGCUGCCAAAGUAUGUCACAAAACAUUCUGACUACAAAGAAUAUGAACAGUAUGGGGCUAUUGUUCCUCGACUUGUUGUGGCAGGAACUAUAACACGACGAGCCGUUGAACCAACAUGGCUUACAGCUAGCAAUGCCUAUCCUGAUCGCAUUGGGAGUGAACUGAAAGCCAUGAUACACACCCCUCCAGGUUACCAUUUUGUGGGUGCUGAUGUGGAUUCACAGGAGCUGUGGAUUGCGGCAGUUUUGGGGGAUGCCUUUUUUAUGAAGAUCCAUGGCUGUACUGCCUUGGGAUGGAUGACGCUGCAAGGAAACAAAGCAGAUAAAACAGAUCUACACAGCAAGACUGCCGAGCUGGCCGGUGUCAGCCGUGACCAGGCGAAGAUUCUGAACUAUGGGAGAAUCUAUGGAGCUGGACAGGCUUUUGCUGAGCAGCUGCUGAUGCAGUUCAACCCAAGCAUAACUCCACAACAGGCACGCAUCACAGCAAAGGACAUGUUCCGAAAAACCAAGGGAGAACGCAACAAUGAACGGUUGUGGACAGGUGGAAGUGAAAGCCACAUGUUCAAUGCCCUUGAACAGAUCGCAAACUCCCCUAACCCAACUACUCCUGUUCUGGGCUGUCGCAUCAGUAAAGCCUUGGAGCCCAAGUUUGUUCUUGAUGAUUUUCUUACCAGUCGGGUGAACUGGGUGGUGCAAAGUUCAGCAGUUGACUAUCUGCACCUCAUGUUGGUGUGUAUGAGAUGGCUGAUGGACAUGCAUGGCAUUAAUGGUCGCUUCUGCAUCAGCAUCCAUGACGAGGUUCGCUAUCUUGUGGCAUCUCCUGACCGAUACAGAGCAGCCCUUGCAUUGCACAUCACCAACCUUCUGACUCGCACCAUGUUUGCCUUCCGUCUCAAAAUGCAUGACCUGCCUCAGUCAGUUGCAUUCUUCAGUGCUGUGGAUGUUGAUGUAUGUCUACGGAAAGAGGUGACAAUGGAUUGCAAGACACCCUCAAACCCACAUGGGCUGGCUGAAGGCUAUGGCAUUCCCAAAGGUGAGGCACUCGACAUACUUCAGGUGUUACAAAAGACUGGUGGAAAGCUGUCAGCAUAAUUCUGUUUGAGAAGAUGUGUACAAGAAGAAUUAAACUAGGUGUGUGUGGGUGGCUGGGCACAUGAUCUGGACAAUGUUUGUUUCUGACCUCUUGCCAUACUCAUAGAAUUCACAUCACUAGUAUCGUAAAAAUAAUUUAGUUUAUAUUGCCACAUUCAAUUGUGUAACAUAAACACAGAUUAUGCCAAAGUGUAUUCAAGUCAUCACUGUUGUGCAAUGAUAAUAGAACAAUUGAGGAACCCAGCAAUUGUGGUCUUUUAUGGUUCUAGUUGUAAUCUUGUAAUCUGAAUUUUCAGACUUCAGCAGAGA